UAAUCCUCAACUUUAACCUGCUUUAACGCUCAGUUCGCGAGGCAGAGCGACACUUUUUCUGCUAGAUUCAUUCAUUUCGUACAAAAACGCGUCGAUUGAGUGUAUUUUUUAUCAAAAUUUGAGAGGAGCGGGUUCUUUAUAUUUACCAUUAUUCUUUUAUAUAGACUAUAUGACUUUUACGUACGUGCAUCAUUCUAAAUCUAAAAAAUGAUUAAAAAAUGGUUAGAACGGUGGUUCAUGAAAAAAAAAAUAACCAAGCAUGAAGCUCACAAUCUAAGAAAUAGACUCUCGAUAAUUUACGCUUUCGUAGGAUGGAAUUUGUUUGGCAUUCUAUUUUACACGAUUGCGAACGAUAAACUACCGGAAGACCCUGAAAAACGAAGAAGGGCUUAUGGACUUUUAUCUGAUACACCUCAUAAUAUGCAUGUAUAUCAAGUAACGGGACUGACACUCACCGAUCAUUUUGAUAUCGAGCCCGAGACUGCUGAGGUAGAAAAAGAGGAGAAAAAUGAAAAUUACUAGUAAAAUUUGGUUAACACAAUUAAUAAUUAUUAUUUUUAAA